ACUUUUGGUACGUGUAAACCUGAGCAUCUACGGGAAUCGAAUUUACAUUGAAAAAAAAAUGAGCUGUUUGGUGUAUAGUUAACCAACAAGAUCUAGACGUUAUUCAGAGGUCUAUAAUCAUCUAACAUUGAAGUCAUAAUCUAGUUUAAUCCCUAUACUUGUUUAGAUUAAAUCAACAAUCUUAAAGUUGUUUUUUUUAAAAAUUGUUUUUGAAACAUAAGGAUAAAAUAAGAAAUCGAACUAGGUCAAAUGUUGUUGUCUUUAGCAGGACUUACCCCAAGUGUAAUAAAAUCACAAACUUCCAUAGCUAGUCAAAAUCGAAACUUCUCCUUUUUCUGGAAAAUAUUAGCUUUAGACAAACCUGAAUCCUCUGAGAAAGAAAGAAAACUAUAUAAUUGGGAUGAAUCUCCAUAUCAAGCUAUAAGAACUCGUGCUGCAUAUAUAAGAACCAAAGCUCUUUGUCCGGUAACUAAGAAACCAGUUAAUUUCGUUUGUCCAUAUUCUGGUAUUCCAACCCAUCAUUCCGAAGAAGCUUGGAGAAAUGAUACCGAAUAUCAUAAGAAGAAGACGUAUGAAUUAUUAAAGAAGGUCAAUCUUUUUGAACAUGAUGUUAGAUCAGGUAGAGUAUUUGACGAACUUACCUUUCCUGAAGAGCAAACACAUGAAUAUACUGUUAACUUAUCUAAUUGGGAUACCUUCUUUUAUACUAGAGAUUUCCCACCUAUGAAUACUGAAUUCAAUUUAGCUGCAGCUACCAAAGUUUUAACAUACCCUAUUUCAAUUUCAUCAAUUCUAUAUAAAUUCUCCCCAUAUGGCCAAGUUCCAAGAGGUCCAGUAACCGUGGAAGGAUUAACUUCAUUAGCAGCUUUGAAAUAUACAUUAUAUCCUCCUCAUGCUAGAGGUUCAAGUUCAGUAUUUAAAGAAAGACCAAUGAGAAUAUUUAUAGUGGGAGCUAAGCUGGAAUCAAUGUUACCAGGAUUUGUAUGGAAACAAUUUGGUUAUUUAUUUCCUGAAAACAAAUUUGAAAUUCAUUUCAUUGGACCUGAAGCUUAUUUUGAUAGAGAAACAAAGACUUUUGGACCUACCAAUAUUCCAAAUGGUCGUCCUUUAAUAGAAAGAAUUGAUGAACAAAUAUCUUUAUUCUAUCAUACUAGUUACUUCCAUGAAGUUUACGAAAUGGGAGAUUUAUUCCCCUUUGAUCCUUAUUUGGAUGUAUUCUUUUUAUUCCACCCAGGUUUUACAACUGCUGAUGGUAUAUAUUGGGAUAAAGCCUUGAAGGGAUUAUUAGAUUCCAAAUGUCCAAUCUAUAUCACUGCAUACCAUGAAAAGGAUAUGGCAAGAGAAGUCAAAUAUUUGGAAGAUCAUCCAUUAAAUGAAGAAAUGGAUGUUUUAAUGAAUCCAACUGAAAAUAAAUUCGCAUGUACAAAGAUCGAUUUAGUGGAUACUAAUCCAACUGAAACAUUCAAUAGUAAUAGUCAAAUCUAUGGAUUUAGAGGAAAGAGAUACCAUGCUAUCAAAGUAUGAUCUUAACUACCACCUCUUAUCUAUAAACUUUUAUUCUUGUAAAUAGAUAUACAUACUUUUAAAAAAUGACAUAAUUUUUUUUAAUUCAAU